AUGCUGAAGCGGAGCCACGAUAUGGUGGACGCAGGUGCUACAGAUACUCUUUCGGGAGAUGUGGCCAUCGAGAUUGCUGCGGCCCUGGAGGCUGCUGGCGUCGAGGCCAAGAUCGUGCCUACUCAGAACCAACCCAAAAAGUCGAAAGUGGCGCCCGAAGAACCGUCUCUGUUUGAACUUGAACUUGAGAAUAUGCAUAACGGUGACGGGGGGAACGCUGAAACUCAGCUGUGGGCUCGUCCCCAGCUUCCAUCGCUGUUUAACCCUAAGGUGACUGACGUCGUGUUCCAGCAAUUAGAUGGUGAAGAAGCAAUGGAAGGAGAAAACCAAUGUGCCCAGUUUUUCGGGCUUACUGAAGAAGGGUACUCUGUGUUUUGUACAGUUACAGGGUUCGUUCAUUACUUCUACGUCCCCGUGCCCCGAGGGUUUGGUAAUGACUUGUUGCCGCGAUUCACCAGCUUUUUGAAAGCUAACUACGUCGGGGUCACCGAUGUCAAGAUUGUGUCCAAGGAAAGUAUUUGGGGUUUCAACAAUAAUGCUCAGCUGCCGUUUUUCCAAGUGUUUUGCAAUAAUCUGAAGAACCUCACCCGUGUGCGUGGGGGGUUCGAAAGAGGUGAAGUGAGAUUUGAAGACUUGUGGGAGGGGACUCCCGGCGUCCUGUUUGACAACAUCAAUUACUUGUUACGGUUAAUGGUGGACUGUGACAUUACGGGAAUGUCGUGGAUCACGUUGCCUGCUGGUAAAUACAAGAUGGUCAAUGACCCUAACCAUCGUCGCAGUACCUGUCAGAUCGAAUGUCAAAUUGACUAUCGAGAUCUUGUUAGUCACCCGUCCGAAGGUGAAUGGCUUAAGAUGGCUCCUCUCAGAGUGCUUUCGUUCGAUAUUGAAUGUGCUGGGCGUAAAGGUAUUUUCCCCGAAGCGUCUAAAGAUCCCGUGAUCCAAAUCGCUAACUGUGUUAGUGAAGUUGGUGGUGAUGGUAAACCAUUUAUCCGUAAUGUGUUUACUGUUAACACUUGUGCUCCUAUUACUGGGUCUCAAAUCUUCGCUCACAAGACUGAACAAGAGAUGUUGAUGCAUUGGCGUGAUUUCAUCGUUAAAUCCGACCCCGACGUCAUUAUUGGUUACAACACCGCCAACUUCGAUUUCCCGUACCUUUUGGAUCGGGCGGCGGCGCUUAAGCUCGACCGGUUCCCUUUCUUCGGCAGAAUCAAACUGAUUAAGCAACAAGUGCUGAGUCUGAUUUUCUCGUCGAAGGCUUACGGGACCAGAGAAAACAAAGACGUUAAUAUUGAAGGGAGAAUGCAGCUUGAUUUGCUUCAAUUCAUUCAACGUGAGUACAAGUUGCGGCUGUACACCCUUAACCUGGUGCUGGCCCAUUUUUUGGGGGAGCAAAAGGAAGAUGUCCAACAUAGCAUUAUUACUGAUCUUCAAAACGGUACCGCGGAAACUCGUCGACGGUUGGCAGUCUACUGUUUGAAGGAUGCUUACUUGCCCAUGCGUUUGAUGGACAAAUUGAUGUGUCUUGUUAACUACACUGAAAUGGCCAGAGUCACAGGGGUGCCAUUCUCAUACUUGUUGAGUCGAGGACAACAAAUUAAGGUCAUUUCACAGUUGUUCCGUAAGUGUCUUACUCAGAACGUCAUCAUUCCCAAUAUGAAACUGGAAAGUGUCAAUGAGGAUUAUGAAGGGGCUACUGUCAUUGAACCUAAGCGUGGUUACUACGAUGUCCCCAUUGCCACUUUGGAUUUUGCAUCUUUGUAUCCAUCGAUUAUGAUGGCUCAUAACUUGUGUUACACCACCCUUCUCAAUCAGCGAGCGAUUGAAGCCUACAAGUUAGGACCUGAUGAUUAUAUCAAGACUCCUAAUGGUGACUAUUUUGUCAGUGAACAUAAGCGACAAGGGAUUUUACCCACGAUUCUCAACGAAUUGUUGACUGCCAGAAAGAAGGCUAAAGCUGAUCUCAAGAAGGAAACCGACCCGUUUAAGCGAGACGUGCUUAACGGGCGUCAACUAGCACUUAAGAUUUCUGCCAACUCAGUGUACGGUUUUACUGGUGCUACCAUUGGUAAACUUCCCUGUCUUGCCAUCUCGCUGAGUGUCACUGCAUUCGGGCGUGAAAUGAUUGAAAGAACGAAAACAGAGGUACAAGAGAAAUACAGUAUUAAGAAUGGGUUCCAGUAUGACGCUGAUGUCAUUUACGGUGAUACCGAUUCGGUGAUGGUGAAGUUCGGCUUCAGUGAUUUGGAGACGUGUAUGAAGUAUGGUGAAGAAGCAGCGGCAUAUGUUCUGACGAAGUUCAAGGCUCCCAUUAAAUUGGAGUUCGAAAAGGUCUACUUCCCGUACUUGCUUAUCAAUAAGAAGCGGUACGCCGGCUUGUACUGGACUCGUCCUGACAAGUUUGACAAGAUGGACACCAAGGGUAUCGAAACGGUGCGGCGUGAUAACUGUCGCUUAGUGCAAAACGUCAUUACCAAGGUGUUGGAAUUCAUUUUGGAAGACCGUGAUGUGCCUAAAGCUGAACGGUUUGUCAAGCAGACGAUUGCUGACUUGUUACAGAACCGUGUCGAUUUGCUGCAGUUGGUGAUCACCAAAGCCUACGCUAAGACGGACUACGCUGCUAAACAAGCUCACGUUGAGUUAGCCGAACGGAUGAAGAAACGUGACGCCGGUAGUGCUCCGGCGUUAGGGGACCGUGUCGCUUAUGUCAUCAUCAAGAGUCUGCUGGACAAAAAUUACGAGAAGCUGGAGGACCCGUUGUACGUGUUGGAGCACCUGCUCCCCAUUGACACCAAGUACUAUUUGGACAACCAGCUUACGAAACCGUUGGAACGUAUCUUUAAUCCUAUUUUGGGCGAUGCGAAGACUAAAGAGUUGUUAGGUGGGGCCCAUACUCGUACCAUUAAGAUGGCAGCUCCUAAGACUGGGGGUUUGAUGAAGUUUGCCAAGAAGCUGGAGUUGUGUAAGAGCUGUAAGACGCCCCUCCCUCUGAGCAAUCACGGCGCCCUCUGUGAUAACUGUGUCAAGGAUGAAGGCAAAGCGCUGGCAAUGUACUGCGACACUCUCAGUCAAAUGAAUUACUUGGAAAACAAGUUCUCUCGGUUAUGGACUGAGUGCCAACGGUGCCAAGGGCUGGUGUACCAGGAAGUGUUGUGUUCCAACAAGGACUGUCCCAUUUUCUACAUGCGUAAGAAAGUUCAGAAAGACGUGUCGCAACAGGCUCAAGAAAUGGCCAAGUGGGACAAUACCAUGUGGUAA